UGGUGGACUCUGGAAGGGCUCAUGCCAAUGAGCACUUCUCAGAACCCCUGCUGCCAGUGCCCCUGUCUCCUCGGUGAGCCCCAGCUGCCCCCCACCUCUGCAGGCAACCCUCCAAGACCAGCAGGGUCCCUGCACUGGACUGGUCUACAGAGAGGACUGCUGACCUCAAAAUCACCUUAAAGGAAUGCUCAAAGAGAGGAGAAACUAGCAGACCAACAUGAGAAAAAGACGACAUCUGAAGUAGACAGCUAACCCCAAAUGCCAGACCAGGCCUGUAUACUAAUUAUUUUGCUGACUGGAUAUUACGAGUAUAAGGCCCCUGGAGUUCUGGAGGAUUUCCCACCAGAUCUACUUGCAGAUGUCAAUAUGGACUUCAACUAUAGAAAAGAGCAGGAUGAAUUUGUUCAAGAACUUUAUGAAAAAGAAUGUAAUGGAGAGGCAGUGGUCUACUGGGAAGUGGAGAGCCCUUCUCCCAAGUUCAGCAGAGAUGUAUCCUUUCCAAAGAAUGAAGUUCCUAAAUAUUUGAAAAACAUGGUGAAUGCCUGUUAUAACUAUCACAGGAGAACCUAAGAGAGGGAAUUGGAAACCUUGUGUCCAUGGAAUGUUGUCCAUGGAAUGCUGUCCAUGGAAUGAUGCCUCCAGAAGUGCCACAACCACCGAUGCCCAGCCUGCCUUUCCCUUUUCCAUCUUCAGAGGCCUACAUGCUGUCCAGCACCUUGCCCCCAAGUGUGUUUGCCUGACGCCCAGCUUCCUUUCUCACUCUUCCUACCCCAAGACCAGGUGCCUUCUUCAACUAUUGACUGUGGGUGAGAUUAGGGGAAACUUCGCUUAUUUAUUUUUAAAAAGAGGAGUGCUCCAUGAGGAACAAAGUCAUUUAAUUGUGCCAUUCUAGGGGGAUCAUGGGUGGAGGACUGACAGCACCACCUAAGAGUGACUGAACCUGCCGAGCUGGCUCCUUCCCACAUGCGAUUUCCUGCAACCCAGGGGGAUGAUCUCCUGCUGAAGUUGCAUUGCCUUCAGAACUGACUCUCAGUGCACCAAGACUGGAAGACUCAUGUCCAUUUGCCUUAUGCUUUGCUGACUUGAUUUGCCUAAUUUGAGAUGCUAAUCCACUAAGCCUCUCCCAUUCCUGCUUGUGGAGGAUUAUGAGUUGUUUUGAUUUCAAACCAUUUUGAAAAACAUUGCAGGCCUGACCAGGCACAUAGUGUGAUAACAAUUGUUUCCUCAUCAUCCAUGUCUGGAUUUUUCUCUUCCCCAUAUGUCACUGGGGAUGGCUGUCUGUACCUCUCUAGCUCUGCAUUUUACUGGACACCGAGGCAUCAAGACAGCUCUGGCAGU